AUGGACGCCAUAGCGACGGCGGCCGGGGUGAUCCGAAUCGCAGCAGCCAUGUCCGCCGGGCACAUGUGCUGCGAUUUGUUCGUGGCUGUUCGACAGAUGCAGGAGACGCUGGCGGGGUUCUGUCUCGGCAUCCUGCUGCCGAUUGUCGUCGCUACAAUGGCGGCGAUGCGGUUCAAGCGCAGUUUGGCAGAGGCGGGCGUAGACAGUGUGGCGGCACCACUGUGCUUGUUUGCCACGGCGGUGCCGCUGCACAUUGUCGCGGUGCAUGUUGCGGCGCUGGACGUCGUGGCUGGACGCGGAUGGGCGCGGUUGCGGUUGCCGUUGCAGUUGGCGGGAGGCACCACGUGGUCGACCAAGCCACCGAUCCACCAUACCUAA